CCGGUAGGUGUCCGUCGGCCACACCCGCACAGCGCUACACAGCGCAGUCUGCAGCCGACUGCCGCACCGCCAGCCGUCACUCCGUCGCACCGUCGCAAGCCGAGCAGUGCCCCCGCCCCGACCUCGUCAACGCUCGCGUCAACGCCAUGCCCCCCAGCACCACGAUGACGCUCUCCGCCGCGCUGGCCGCCGCCCUGGUGGUGCUGAUGGUGGCCGCCGCCCCCGAGCAGAAAGACGCCGCGGAGGCGCUCAAGGACACGCUUAAGGACACGCUCAAGGACACGCUCAAGGACGACGCGGCCCGGCUGGGCGGCUGGACGGCGCUGCAGUACGUGCCGGUGCACACCCCGCCGCCGCCGCGCGAGUUCAGCCCCGAGGAGCCCUGCAGCAGGGCGGGCGGCAUCUGCCUGGCCGCCAACGAGUGCCCCCAGGGCCAGCUCGCCAGCGAAGGCCUGUGCCCCCGCCAGCGCGCCCAGGGCGUCGAGUGCUGCCACGGCCUGUCCGUCCGGGAGACGCGGUGCGCGCGGCGGGGCGGCGAGUGCAGGGCCACCAACUGCACGGUGCGCGACGACAAGGCCACGGACUGCCGCUACGGCGAGAACUGCUGCAUCUUCGUCGCCCUCUGAAGACCUACGACGUACUCCUCGGACAAUCGUGUCGAUUCUAGUCCUUACUCUGUCACUCCUCUCACCAUCGGUUGUGGUCGCACGUAUGACGUACUUUUUCUCCUACCAAUUCACGAUGAUAAUAAAAAGGCGCUCUGUACGUUUUAGUACACGCAUCA